AUGCCAGUCUCCAAUUCCAGAAAGGGCUCCACCCCAGCAAAGGUCCCUUUCAGCUCCAAACCCAAGGGGUCGGUCAAGCGAAACAGCAGCCUGCUCAACUUCUUCCAGAAGACGGACGGUCCCCCGCAAGCUACAUCGCGACAGCCUCGAAUUACGCAAUUUGCCACGAAAUCGGAACGCUCGCCGAGUAGUGGGAACAGUACGCCUGGCUUUCGAAGACAGAGUAGCUCCAAGUCCGUCGACACUGCCGGGGGGUUAUUCUUGGAAGACAAAAAUGGCGCAGGGUCUCUUUUCGGAGGAACCGGGGCGAGCACAAGAUCUCAACGACCGAGGUCUCGAACGCCGGACGAUAUCUGGGGUGAAGACGCCGACGAGGAAGACGGGCUCGGUGAUGCGAGAUACAAUGAGAAUGGGUCUGCUGUGAAGAAGCGGAAAGUGGAUUCCCCUCUGGAUGAUGGGCAAAAGAAGGCUUCGAAAGAGGUUGAACCAAGUCCUGCACAGAUACCCCCUAAGGCUUGCCAAAUUAGCGGUCCGUUUAUCGAUGAAUCCGAUAGUGAGGAUGAUAUUGGUGGAUUCGGGGAUCUCAAUGAAGAACUGCCGGAAUCGAAAACAGACACAAAGACCAAGGAAGAACAACCACGUCUCGAUGAUAACGAUCGCAAUUCGAUAGACAGUACACGACCCGCCUCCGUCGUCCCACCAUUGGUAAGAGAAGCCACGAGCCACGUCGCAGAUGAUGAAUAUACGAAUUUUGACGAUAUAGAAGAAGACGAAUUCAACGAAGACGAACCCCUAGACCAGGAGAACGACUACGGAGAUAGGGAUGAUGAUGGAGCAAUCGAUUUCGAUGAUUUGAACGAUCCUACCGGCUUAGAAGAAAGCGACCUGAAUUCCUGCCGUGUAGUUCCCACAUGUCCAAUAUGCCAGGCUCAGCUGCCAGGUUCAAACGAAGCUGACGUGUCGGUACACGUGAACGACUGUCUUGAUGGGAAGCCGAGCACCGUUCCGACAAUCUUGAAGCCAGUCAGUUCGCCGAACGGCUCAAAGCCCGCCGACCGGGCAUCAAUAGCCAGGCCCGCACAAAGAGACCCUCACCUAAAAAAUAGUUCAUCGAAAACGGGAUCUGCUUUUUCAAAACUCAUGGCAGGCAACGCCGAAGACACGGCGUGGACAACUGCCGCAGCACGAGAGGUGGCUUCUCGGGGGAAACAAGCUUAUCAACGCACCUGUCCGUUCUACAAGAUUAUUCCGGGAUUUUCUAUCUGCGUGGACGCCUUUCGUUACGGAGCGGUUGAAGGCUGUAGUGCCUACUUCCUCACUCAUUUCCACAGUGAUCAUUACAUUGGUCUCACGGCGUCAUGGCGCCACGGUCCCAUAUAUUGCAGCAAACCCACAGCCAACUUGGUUCGCCAACAACUUAAAGUCGAUCCUAAAUGGCUUGUAAGCCUAGAAUUUGAGAAGAAAUACGACGUUCCGGGGACCAAUGGGGUGCAGGUGACCUUGAUCGAAGCAAAUCACUGCCCCGGGAGUGCACUAUUUCUGUUCGAGAAAACAACGGAAUCCGGGUCAUCGAUCAAAAUUCAACGUGUCCUGCAUUGUGGUGAUUUUAGAGCAUCUCCGACCCAUGUGCAGCAUCCACUCCUCCGUCCGGAGGUUAUAGAUUCUGCGACAGGCCGGAGUCGCCAGCAGCGGAUUGACGCGUGCUAUCUCGACACUACCUACCUCAGUCCUAAAUAUGCGUUCCCAAGCCAAGGGGAUGUCAUCAAAGCAUGUGCUGAUCUCUGCGCUGGCCUCGAUCAAGGCUCGGACGAGGAGUUUGGUCAGAUGGUUCGACAAUCCAGGUCGACGAAUUCGGGACAAGAGGGCAUGAUGAGCCGCUUUUUCUCCUCCGUUACAGGCUCUGGAAAGUCGCAGAAGCAGUCUUCCGGGCCAAGUGGUCGACUGUUGGUGGUGAUCGGGACGUAUAGUAUUGGCAAGGAACGCAUCUGUCUGGGAAUAGCACGGGCCUUGAAAAGCAAAAUCUACGCCACGGCGGCCAAACAGCGCGUGUGCAAUUGUCUAGAGGAUGCCGAGCUGUCAUCUCUCCUGACGGAUGACCCUCAUGAAGCUCAAGUGCACAUGCAGACGCUGUUCGAGAUCCGGGCCGAGACCCUAGCGGACUACCUGGAUUCGAUGAAACCGCAUUUUACGCGCGUGGUGGGGUUCCGGCCCACCGGAUGGUCGUAUCGGCCUCCAGCCGGACGGAUGCUGGACAAUCCGCCGGUGUCGACCGUGCUUCAUUCGGCUCGCUGGCAGACGCCGUUUACGGCCAGGGACUUGGUCCCCCAGCGCGGCAGUACGCGAGAGAGUGCCUGCUUUGGGGUGCCCUACAGCGAGCACAGCUCCUUCCGGGAGCUUACCAUGUUCUGCUGCGCACUCCGGAUCGGUCGGGUGAUUCCCACGGUGAACGUGGGUAGUCGGAAGAGUCGGGAUAACAUGAAGGGGUGGAUUGAGCGGUGGGAUGCGGAGAAGAGGAAGAGUGGACUGUAUGAGUGGCGAUGCACAUAA